AUGCAAGAAAAAGAGCAACAAUUGAAAUUAUUUCCUGAACGAAAACGUGAUGAUUGGAUAGGUCAUCAUAAAAAUGAUCGUGAUUCAGUAAAAUUAAAACAACAAACGGAAAAUAUAAGUUUAGCUAGUGAAGACUAUCGUCAUUCUUCGUGUAAAUCAAAAGUGAAACGAUUGUCGGAUAAUAUCAGUCAAAAAAAGCUUUUAUUGCAUCUACCAAUUAUACAUAUUCCGGAGAUGUCAGUGAAAACUUUACAGCGAUGGUGCGAAGCUCGAAAUACAUAUCUUGGUCAACAAUAUCCAUAUUUACAAAAACAUCGAAGCAUCAAACAAAAAGAGAAUACAUCAAAAAAUGAAGAAAAUAUAUCUAUUUUUACGGUUGAAUCUGAACAAUUGAAUGCAAUGGAUCUUCCAUAUCGUUCAUUUGAAAAACAACAAUCACAAAAUGUACAAAGUAUUUGUGAUCAUUUGAAAGAUGAAUGUGUCGGAACAGAGCUAAAUGAAACAGUAUUCUUAAAUACAGAUAUCGAACAUAUUGAUCAAGCUAAUCAAGUAGAUUUACCAUCUCCUCAAUCUGAAUUGUAUCUUAAUAAUAGUCAUAAUACAAGUAUGAUAGAAAAUGAACAAAACCAACCAAAAUUAUCGAAACAAGAGUCUGUUGAAUAUUGUGACAAAGCCAUAGAAACAGAUUUAAUCUUAAAUAGUACUGAAAAAGAAAACGAAUCUAUUCAUCAGAAUAUAAAAUUAGUUGAUUCAGCUAUCAAUCAAAUUAAUGAUGACGAUACUAAAACAAUUCUCUCAUCAACUAAAUCAAAUACUUCUAUUUAUGAACAAUUUAAAAUACUAAGAUUUCGUUUCAAACGGCUAUCACAACAACGUCGUCUACUGAGUUGUGUCUUACUUUUAUAUCUUAUUAUCAUGUGUGGUUUACUUGUAGUUAUAUUUCUUUUAUUAUGGGGAUUUCAAGUUGCUCGAUAUGGUGAAUCUUGUUAUAAUGAUAAUGAUUGUAAACGACCAUUUACAUGUUACAAGAAACGAUCAUCAUCAUCAUGGGGUACCUGUCGAUGUCCAUUAAAGUUUGAUCUUGUCAACAAUCAAUGUGUUGGUGAUCUAAAUGCAUUAUGUAGAAAAGAUACUGAUUGUCAACGAUAUAUGGUUUGUUCAGGUAUGGAUGAUGGAACAAGACGUUGCCAUUGUCAGACAUUAUAUAGUUAUAAUACUGAACAAAAACAAUGUUAUGGUGAUUAUCGUGCUCCAUGUCAAAGUAAUAUUGAUUGUCAAGCUAAUCUUAUAUGUAAUAAGACGAGUGCGCCACCAAUGUGUUCAUGUCAAUUAAAUUAUCGAUAUUAUCCAUUAGUACACAAAUGUCGUGGUGAUCCGGGUGCUAUUUGUAAGAUAGCAACUGCUGAAUGUACUGAUAAUGCCGAAUGUCGUGAGGGUGCAUGUGAAUGUGCAUUUCAAUAUGUACCUGAUGAAAAUAAACUAUGUGUUGAUCCAUGUCCUAAAAUAGAACCAAAUCCAGUAAGAAUUCGUUAUCCAGGAAAUUGUCAGCGAUUUAUUGAUUGUCAACAAAGAUCCAAAAAUGAAUGUCCUGCAAUGACAAUAUUCAAUUUUCGUACUCAACUUUGUGAUUAUCCUAAAAAUGUAUUAGAUUGUCGGUAG